AUAUAACUGGAAUACUGUUAAAAGCGGCGUUAAACCCAACUCACUCACUCACUAAGGGUAUGUAGGGCUUAGGUAGCUGCCUGCUUUUCCUCGUGUAACGUAAACACGUGUUCGCCGGACUUUGUCACAAUACCCAAUAAUCUCGCUUAUGGCUGGGUGAAGUUUUAUCGAUGCUUUGAAAAGCCUUACUCGGGUAUAUUGUUUUUCUUCUUAUUUGGAAACAGGAGGUAAUUUGAAAUAAACAGUGGGGUUCUUAAUAGUUAAAAACUCCCAAUCCGUUGAAUAGUAAUAAAAUUCAUAAGGAUCUACAUCCGGCAAUUUCUUGGUUUCGGACUUGAUACCCAUCUGUAACGAUUCGUUGAUCACGGCAACUAAUUGGCUGUCGGUACAAUGUCCUUCGGGAAUGGUUAGCGAACAGGCAUGCGCGAAAGGCAAAUCCACGUUGCCACGGGAACCGCUUAAGUUCGUGAGGAUCGAUACGCUUAGGGUGUUGAGAGGGUUAUGUACGUUUCGCCAUGUCACGGGUAUUUGAACUACUACUUCCAAUUUGCGUCAAUUGAAAUGUAAUGGAUUAGGUAAACAAGUCGUGUACUCAUUGGCUUUGUUUUCAGGCUUGCAACCAUAGAGGCGUCACUCGGUAGCGUAACGUAAAAGUUUGUAUGGUAUUAAUCUAUCGCGGUAUUAUAAUUACCCCUUUAACCUCUUUAUCGAGCCGUAUAUAAGCUACUCGAUUUGUAAAAUACUUUCUAUCGGUGAACACUUAAUGCAACAACAACAUGCCCGGUCAGUAUUUUAGGAAAGCCUAUUUUAGCAUUGCAGCCAUGGCAAAAGGACACUCUGCUUCAUUUCGGGGCAUGAUAGUGGCAGUAUUUGUCACAACUCUGUUUGUAAUGGGUUAUAUCAGCUCUCAUUUUAAACCAGUCAGAAACCUGGAGAAAUCUUUGGACUCCAAAAAUACGGCAUUUCAUCCCUCUAAUCCUAUAAGAGUGGACAAUAUUAACUCCAGAUGUCCAAGCGUUCUGCAAAACAUGACCCAAGGUCAUUGGAGGACGAGAAAGCUUACCGAAGCCCAACGUAGACAAACAGAAUUGUUUUAUCACAUGGCCUUGAACCACAUAGGAGUACCCAGUUCCCUCCAGAGACAUGACAGUCGAUGUGGUGACAUAGGCUACCCAAACGUAAUAGAUUUUCUUCGAGCAAUUUGCAGUCCCACAGGACCGACCCCUUGCUGCUAUAACUUCAAGUGUGUCAACAAAACAGAAGCCCAGUGUCGGUGUGAAAACUGUUGGGAUAUUCGACAGCAGAUUCACGCAGAAUAUUCUACCUGGAUACCAUCCGAUCCCCGGUGUCAACCACGAGAAUAUAGUCCCAGACAAAUCUGUCAGUUGUUGGACGGCGGAACCAUCCGCUUCCUUGGGGAUUCCCUCGUGCGACACAUCUACACAGGCUUGCUGAUGACGGUUCGAGGCAAUUUCAAAGACGGCGGUGUUAGACCCACAGAAUCCCGAGAGUGGAAUUCAAAAUGCUCAGGGAUGAACAUGUUCGAAGAGAAAAACUGUAGGAAGCAAUUGGACGCGCAGCCAAAGAAUAUAUGUACAGGCAGAGUGACGCUCAGUUGGAAGAAACAUGAACUCAGUAGACAAUGGACAGAACUUAUCAAUGACGUCACAGAAAGCUUAGCUGACCGGCGGACGUUGUUUGUUGUUGGUAUAGGUAUUCAUGAGGAUUAUAAUUCAAAUAAGGUGAAGCUGGAAUAUCUGAAGCCAACCUUGGAUAGGUAACGAAAAAAUGGUAACCUCUGGCCCAAGGUAUUGUUUGUUGAUAUGAGUGCUCCGGGAAUUAUGAAACGUUCAGAUACACAGUCAAAGCCUCGCGUCCUUCAAUUCAAUCGCGAUAUGGAGAAGUUUCUGAAGGUAUAUAAAGUACCCGUUUUUAAGACAUUUAAUAUGACAGACGGCGUGCGUAGCUUUGAUGGAACGCAUUUCGCUUUGGGAGUGAAUGCCGUGAAAGCGAACAUUCUCCUGAACUAUGUACAGGAACUCAGUGAUAGUGGUAUUUGGUAGUUGAUUAUGGAAUCUUAGAUUGUAAUAAGCACCAUGUUGUCGUGUGAGACAUGUACAUUUUGUGGUGUUGUAAAAUACAAGAUGAUAUGCGCUUUGAAUAUUUAUAUACAGAUGGUCAAUAAAUAAAUCGCUCGAUCUCUGUCUUUCUGUUCACCCCGUAAUUCCUAGUUCC